AUGAGUGUGUGGCACUUGGCAGCAUAUUCUCAUAUAGACUUUUCACACCAUUUUCACAAAAAGUCAAAAAUGGCUGCUGCUGCUGCUGCCACCGCCUCGGUCGUCUCAGGCUACGAUCGACCAGCGGAACUCAAAGCUUUCGACCAAACAAAAACUGGUGUUAAAGGCCUCGUCGAUGCCGGAAUCCGCCAAAUCCCUCGCAUCUUCAUCCACCUACCGGAAACCUUCCCCAAAACCUCCACAACUUUCGAGAUUCCAGUCGUUGACCUUGGAUCAACCGAUAGAGCAUCGACGGUGGAGGUGAUCCUUGCAGCAUCGGAAAAUCUAGGUUUCUUUCAAGUGGUGAAUCACGGGAUCCCUGUGACUGUUAUGGACGAGAUGCUUCAAGGAGUUCGUAGAUUUCACGAGCAAGAUCUGGAGGUGAAAAAAGGGUUAUACUCGAGAGAUUUUUCGAGAAGCGUCGUGUAUAAUAGCAACUUCGAUCUUUACAGUUCCCCCGCCGCGAACUGGAGAGACACCUUCUCUUCAUUUAUGGGUCCGUCAACUCCGCCGCCUGAGGAGUUGCCGGAGGUUUGCAGGGACAUACAAAUCGAGUACUCGAAUCAUGUGCUGAAACUAGGCAGCUUACUAUUCCGAUUGAUCUCAGAAGCCUUGGGGUUGAACGAUAAUCACUUCGGAGAUCUGGAUUUUGACAAAGGGAUUUUAAUCGCCGGCCAUUAUUAUCCUGCUUGUCCACAACCAGAUCUAACUAUGGGUACAGCAAAACACACGGAUAAUGGAUUUCUAGCAGUGCUUCUACAAGAUGAAAUCGGAGGACUCCAAAUCCUCCAUCAAAAUCAAUGGAUUGAUGUUCCUCCAACUCCUGGUGCGCUUGUGGUCAACAUCGGUGAUUUAUUACAGAUUUUAUCGAAUGACAAAUUGAGAAGUGUGGAGCAUAGAGUGGUGGCAAAUAUGAAAGGGCCGAGAGUGUCGGUGGCGUGUUUUUUCGGAACCUCCUUAGCGCCGUCGGAGAAGGUGGUUGGACCAUUGCCGGAGCUAGUUUCCGAUGAGAACCCACCGAGGUACAGAGAAACCACCUACCAUGAAUACGGGAAACAUUCCGUCUCUAAGGCCCUUGAUGGUGUUCCUCAGCUGCUUCAUUGGAGGAUUUAG